AUGGACUUUCCCGGAGGCGCAACCACCAACAUACAUCUAAUAGAUGGCUUCUCCACCAUCUACUGGAGGAUCUACACUGAGGAGUCCGGUAUUACCAGUCAUUCUCAGGAAGGACCUGCCAAUGGCUAUACGAUCUUGAAGCAUCUUGGUCGCCUCAAGCAUCUAGAAGCGCAAUUGAGAAAUAUAGGUUGCUUAGCAUCAUGCCCAAGACGGCUAGGCCUCUGGGUAUUCUCUCCCACCCCAACAUUUGAAAGUCUUGGCCCCGUGUACAUCACGGAUGGAGACGUCGAAACCACAAAGAUUUUUGUGGACACCACCACUCUUAAAGUCUCGGCAUCGGGAAGUAUCGCAUGCCAAGAGUUGAUCAAGGGCCUUUCAUCCGAGGGUCAAAAUCAACAAGGAUCUCAACCAACGCCAUCACAACGACCGCAGCAUCCUCAAGCUUCUGCACGUCGAUCUGACGGGUAUAGCAGCUCCGUUGCUGUAUAUUCUGCCUUUAUUUCAGCCGUUACCGGUGCUCUGAGCCUGCAUCUUGUUCGCACUCAGGGCGCUCUACCAAUUGGCUCACGAACCCUAUUUACCGCAGUUGAUAGGAUUGGAUAUGAAAACCCCAGAAUUGAUAACGAGGGUUUAUUCUCUUCUCCCAGCCUGACCUCGUUGAAUGUACAGUUGAAUGCCCCGGGAACAUUGACUAUCUCGACGCAGACGAUUGUUCAGGCUGGCAUCACACGAUUAUGCUCUCCCCGCGAUGAUAUAUCAGAUCUGUUCCGAGUACAACCAGGGACCGAUCUUUGGCUGAGUCCUAAUGGAGCCAUCGCUCGACUUGUCACGGCAAAUAUCGAAUCACCGGCUGUUCCUUCACCUGGAUUCCCUACCUCUGGCGACACACUUGCGAGAAGAAGGCAAUGGAAGCUGGAUGUUGUGCAAUGGUUGACGAAUUUCGGGUUGCACAUCGACUCGAUUGACGAGGAACCUUGGGUUGAGGUGGAAGUUUGGGAACCCUUCUUUGCCCGACUUGCUGGUGAAGCGUGGCGCCAAAACGAUGAACCUCAAUCUGCACUUCCAUUGAAACGUAUGCUUUGGCCGGCGAGGUUCUGCUUUCGAAGGACAGGUGUAUUGAUACGGUCUUCGUGGCCCGAAACAUCCCUUGAAGAGCCUCUUGAGUUUGCGGAGAGAUGGUCUUCGGAUGCAGGAUCUAUAAAGGCUCCCCCUGGUCCUCAGAACAUCCCUGUAUUCGAGGAACCCCAGCAAAAAGACGAGGGACUGUCCCCCACCCGAGUCGAUCACGGGGAACACCUAGAAAGCCUUUCCCGAAUGGCGCAAUACCCAGAUCUUCAGAACACCAACCUAGUCUACCCGACGCCCCCGGAAGGUGCUCAAGCAAACGGCGUCCACAUCCCCGCCCAACAUGAUGCUUACCCUGAAGACCACGAUCUUCUAUCUCCCGCUGUUGCUCAUGAGACUAAACCUCUUCCAGACCCCGAACUCUCCCCAAAGGUUGACAUUGGCACUGGCCAUUAUGAUGCAAGUGACGAUGACGAUCUUUUUGGAGAAAUGAAUGAGAAGGAUUUUGGAUCCAAGGGAAUCACCGACGCAGAUUUCAGCUUUUUCGACGAUCCUGAUAUGGACGACAUGGCGGAUGACAUGCCCAUUGAUCAAUCUCAAGAAACCCCCCAGGAACCACAUGAUGCAAUUCAUCCCAAGGAGGAAAUAGAUCAGGUCCACGAAGCAACGCCCGUGAUUGCUUCACCUGAAGUACCAAAGGUGGAGACAGUGCCCAAGCUAGAGGAACCUUCCGUUCCCAUGAAUGAUGACCCCGAGCCAGUUGAUGACCCAAUGGAGUUGGAAGAACCGUCACCCGAGCCGCCUCAGCGUCCACCAAGCCAAACUAUCAGUCCUCCUUUAAGCCCUGUGGAGAUCAAAAAGAUCCUGUUUCCUGGCUUGCAGACUGGGGAUCGAGGGAAACAUGAAGAGAGCCAUACUCAACAAGGCCACUACCAGCCAGUCACCUUUGAAAGGAAGCUGGGGGCUUGGGAUCAAAAGUAUGGGACCACGGGAAAAUUCUUCUUCUCGGCUGGGAGUGCAACGAAAACUUCAGCGACCAGCUUGAACGAGAUCCCAACCGUUGGAUUGCCGCAUCGUGCGCGAACCUCAAACUCUGCGAGGAAUAAGCCAGUUGGAAACGCCCUUGUGCAACCUGUGGAAGAUGGCCGUGAGCGAGACUCCUCAGACUCCACCGAAGGUAGCAGCGAUGAGGACGAAGACAGCGAUGACCUUCCAUACGAACCUGCAUCGACUUCCAUUGCCCUUCCCCAACUGAAAAGAAAGCGGGUCCCCUCCGAAUCCGACAUUCAAUCCGCGGCAUCUCCAGCCAUAUCAUCCGUUGUCCCCGACUCGGGUGCCGGAGUCAAGGCCGAGAACACUACCUUUUUGGGGAAUUUCCUUUCCAACUUCUCCGAUUGGACUUUCACGGGUUACUUUUCUGCUCUUCAAAUACAACAACUCCCUGUCCUUCUCCGACGUGAAGAACAGAUUCCAAUCGCGCAGCUUCUGGUUGACCAAAUCACACAGUCAUCGCUGGACCAUUCCUUGGGAGGGAAAGUUGGAUUGUUUACACUGGAAAGUGAAGGAGCAUCGUUUACCGAAACCUUUGAUGAUGUGACCUUCUUAGGUGAUAUUCAGAAAUUGGACCUCAAGGGGUACACGUCCUUACAAGAAGACAUGACACAAAAUCCUUCUCAGUCCCAGCAGCCCACCAAGGACUUGAGUAAGAGUUGGAUUUCAAAACUAUCUGCGCCGCAUGUACGAGUUCGUCGUGGCAAAGGGUAUCUGGAGACCCUUCCUCCCGCCAUGUCUUUCUGGGAGACGUUCGGCCUGGAACCUGCUCACGGACCCAAGGAUAUUUCAGCAUACUGCAUUCAUCCGCAAUCCGCCAGUCAAGCAGCAGAUGUCUUCCUUGAUCGCUUUGGGCUCUCAUACGAAAGCUGCAAUUUUGGCACACAUUCACGAGGCGACAAGUCGACGGGAUUCGACAAUAGUCUCAAGACGUGGAACUCCGAGUCGCCAGGCUAUACUUCAAUGAUGCAAGCUCUCCUGGGUCUGUGCGAGGAACUGGCUGCUGAGCUCUCACAAUCUGCUGCCCCCAACACAAAGAACAGUGUUGUCUACAUAAUCAACCCCUUUCCCCAUGCAGCAGCUCUGGCAGACAUUUGCGCCGCUUUCUGGAACCUCUUCCAACAAUUGGUGGCCGAUGCCGAGCGUCGACAGACCAAACAAGUCAAUGAGGUGGUUCUGCAAAUUAUCCCGAUAGAGUUCAUCAUGUCCGAUGAGUCUAUGGUGGUGCCAACGCAAACCGAGUAUGUGAAUCUUGCUCUCGAAGUAUACAGUCGUUGUCGCCCGAAGGACGCCGAAUCAAAUCCUUUUUCUUGCGCUCCGGCAAUCCUUCUCGCUGAGAAUCUGCCCAGGACACUCAACUUCCGCCUUGCCCCUGACAAGGUAUCCCCAUUACAGGAUGGGCGAAGCCUGCAUAUCGCAUACUCCAAGAGUUGUGAUCAGCGCUGGGUGUCGGCGGCGUGGUCCGAUGGAUCCGGAUCUCUCCAGACGAGCAUGUCUUACUGUCUUCGCUAUCGUAACAGAGGUUCUUCCAGGUCGAUUUCUGAAGUACGCAACGAGAUCUGGGCUACUACGAAGCACAUUAUGGAUAAGUUCCAGGCUCGCUGGAAAGUUGUUCUAGUCAGUACCGACCCGAUGGAUGCUGACGAGAUUGAUGCCUGGGCGAACCUAGCCGAGCAACAAAAUAAGAUGCGCCCGGCAUCUUUAGAGCUCACUAUCGUGGCCGUCAACACCAUCCCUGACCUCACUCUCAACACUGCUGCCUCUCCAAUGAGUACGGGUGUUCUCAACCCUCACUUCUCAUCAACUCCUGUCUCGACCCCCAACCCGAAUACCAACAUUGCCUCGCCAGACCAAACGGGCAAUGCACCAACUCCAAGUGCGAUUUAUAACGCGCCGACACCCACAGACCCCUCCCUCGAACCAGACUCUGAGGUAGUCCUGACCGAUAUCUGCGAUGAUUCUUGGGCAGUCAUCCUCUCACAUCGUCUCAACGCCUCUCCCCACGUCACCGAGCUUCGCCCCGCGCUGGCCAGCGGGUAUCUCCUUCGGCGCAAAGGUCCGAACGAUAGCGACGGUGUCUUCUCAAUGACUGUCAACCUUCUAUACUCCCAGCGCCCCGCUAUCUCACACGAGAGCGUUCUGGGUGACACACUUUCCAUGUACCGAGACGUGUCAUCUCUUGCCCGGGCAUGGGGUAUGCGCAGUGUUCAGAGCAACACUUUACCUUGGCAUAUAGCGACGGCUCUGCGGGCUCAAGAGCUGCUCAGCUACGUUUUUUAA